CUGGACUCGAUCCACUCAGACCGAGGAGCCUGACGGUGUGAGAGCCCUGUCAUUUUGCUAGGCCGCCACGAGCACGAGCCUUGAGGACACCUUGAGGAAGCGGGCGCGUCUCGCAGUCCUCCUUCUUCUCGUUCUUUCCCUCCCGCUGGCCAUCCCCGUUUCCCAGCGAAGUCAACCACAGUAGGCACACGAACCCCGCAAGCAAGCACCAUGCCCAAAUACACAUUGGCCAUCUCAGCCGACCUCGAGAACGUAACCAACCUCAAACCCCAGGACGUCAAGGAAUACGACUGGAAAAUCAAGUUCAAAUGCUUGAAAUGCCAGGAAGAUCACAAAGGCUUCGUGGUGGUGAACGCCUCGGAGGAGGUGGAGCAAGCCAACACGCGUGGAGUGGCGAACUUGGUUAUGAAGUGCAAGUCGUGCAAGAAUGAAGGGACUGCGAACAUCCUCGUAGAAACCCUAAAACCCUACCAGCUUCAAUCAAGCGGCAAAUUCGCACCUAUAAUACAGAUCGAAUCUCGGGGAUUGGAGCCGGUAGACUUUGGCGUUGCGGACGGCUGGCAAGCAGAAGGCGCGGAAUCCGGCACCCCGUUCAAGGACAUCCCAUUAGGCGAAGGCGAGGAGUGGGCCGAGUACGAUGAGAAGGCGUCGGAGCCGGUGGGGAUCACGGAGGUCAAGGGGCGCGUGGAAAAGGCAUGAGCCAGUCGACACAGGGUUUCACAGAGAAAAACGCU